UAUCCUGCAUGCCAACCAGCUGGACACAGUGGCCUUCCCAGCAUUCCUACAGCAGAUAGAUGGCAGUCGUAGAGAGAUGGAGAAGACCAUCAACCUGCUGAUUGAGAGGAAGGCAUUUGGUGAUGCGUACAAGUUCGCCCGGCUCUCUAACCUGUCCUGUGACGACAUCACCUUGAAGGAGAUGUUAACAGAGAAAGAGAUGUUAGAGAAGACUCUGGUGUGGAGGUCAAAGGUUGCCAGGGCCCGGUUCUGGAGGUCAUGUGCGGAAAAGUUCAGACUGAAUCAGAUCUCGCCAUCUAGUGUCAUAGAUUUCUUCAAACUGGAAGCAGAAGCAAUUGGCAGCAUGAGUGAGAAGGCCGGUACCUACCAGCUGUGUCUGGAACUGAUGACCGGCAGCGAGGACACAGACAGCCUGUAUGACCGGGUUCACAGACAGAUGUGGCACUGUCGCAUACAGGCCAAGAUCUCACAACAAAAGGGGGAGAGUGAGGAGAGUAGCGAGCCUGUGGAGGAGAUCCUGUCUGUCACGGAGGCCACAGACAAUGGGAAGUCAUCAGCAGAUAAGUCCGAGCUUCUCUGCCUGGGAAAGAUGCCUCCCAGUAGAAGACAGUCACAUGUCUCACCUGAGGAAACACAAGCUCUUAACUCACUGAUCGGACAGUUACUUGAUGAGGGCAAGAUUCGUGAGAGUUGCCAGGUGACCAGCGUCUUUCAUCACUACAGUCAGGAUCUUGCCACCAUCCUUACAUGUAUACGGCUCAGUAAUGACACUGUUACUCGAGAAACAAUGGAACCUGAGAUAAGGCGUCUUCUGACAAUAGACAGAAGGUCAAGGUCAAGCCUUGGAUCAUUUUCUGGUUUUAGUCGCACAUCAAGUUCUGUCAGUCUGGCAACUGCCUCUACAUCCUGGGACUUUCUGCCUGUUGAGAAGGAAGAUGCCAUUGUUGUCAUGGAGAAGCUACUUGGGCACUGUAACCAUGGGCAACAGUGCUGCCUGAGGAUAAUAACCGCAUUUAAAGUUGCAUGUGUGCUUGAUGUGGAAUAUGCACAAGUUGUUAAUAAAGAGGAGUUUUCAGUCCUGGAUGAGCUACUGCGGACAUCGUAUCCCCAGCGGUUUAUCCUUGCCAGGGACUAUCUGAGCACCAGUUGUUUGUCAGAUGAGCAGGUCGCUAGCUUCCUGUCUGUAUCCAUCAUCAAGGCCCUCAAGGUCAGCAUGGGAGGACAGUCGGGUCAAGGUAUGAGGGCAUCCAGCCCUCGAGAUAUGAUGUUCAACCCUAUUGAGAAGAUCUCCAUGUUUGACCAGUUCAUCAAGCUGUGUAAGGAGCCCUCCCGUCUUGGAGAGAACCUUCUGGAGGCCUCCCUGGCCAUGGGCGACUGCUCCGAUGACGUGCACUCAAAUGGCCAGACCCUGGCGAUACAGACCGAGCUUAUGAUCAUGGCGCAUGACUGUCACACUGCAGCCUGCAACAUGGAAGGCAUCUCACACGUGCUGCGAGCUGCACGCAUCUGCACCGACAGUCUCACCCAUCUUGAGGAGUUUUCCCUCAUGAUUCGGCUGCUGACUGGAGUGGGCCGGUUCAAUGAGAUGACGUAUAUCUUCGAUGCCUUGAAACUCCACCACAAGUUCGAACUGCUGCUGGGGAAGGGGAUGGAGAGGGGUGACAACUUGAAGACAGCGGUCCUGGACUACCUGAAGCGCUUCCACCCUGAGGACAAGGACAGCUACGAUGGUGGCUCACAAGUUUAUGAUGCAUCGGAGAUUGCACACAUGCUGGAGGAGUAUGUGCGGAACCUGAAGGCCCUCAAGAACAAACCGUUAGAAAACAAUCGAGAUGUUCAGGACAACCUUAAGAGAAGUGCCCAGUACUUCUCUGAUGCUGCCGAGAGCUAUGUAAAGGACAGCUGUCUGCGUCAUGCACAUCAGUGUCUGCGGCAAGCGCGUCUGCUGGAGCUGCAACUUCAGCACCUUUCUUCAGGUGUCCAAGUAGUCAACCUCUCCCCAGAGGGCGUAACAGCUCUCAUCUCACAACACCCCAAGUUUGUUGAGUCUCUGAUUGUCAGCGAGGCUUAUGGGAAACGUGCCAACUGGUCUGAGGCCAUCUAUUACAACGUGAUCCUAAAUGGCGACUUCCGCUACCUCCAGGAUCUGCGGUCACACAUACGCCUCAAAGCUGCCAUGAUCCAGGAGGCCAUCGGCAGGUUCCAGCAGUCAGUGAACAGUGCCCCUCAACAACACCUGAACCACAUCAAGAAGUUGCUGCCUUUCUGCAAGGAUGUACGCAUGCAGUACAACAUAGCCAAGGAUCUGCAGUUGAAUGAUGUUGUUACCUCCAUGUUGAAGAAUGACACAUGGAGUUAUCUGACGGACGUUGUCACCAUGUCCUGA